AAUCACACAAGAAGAAGAAGGAGACGCAUUGUGGAAUAGGAAUUCACAAAUAUGGCGUCCCGUGCGCUCGCGUACUGCAUGCGCUCCUUCGCCCGCUCCACUGCAAGGUUAAAUCAUGGCAAAGCGUUCACAAGAUCCGCCUGCGCACCUCUCGUGUCAACGCAACGAGCGCUCGGUGUCACUGCGUGCAGCCAGCGGACGAGGUGGACCGAACUAGUGCGGAUUUCAGGUCCCUCUGUUCAUCUGUGUCGGCAUUACGGGGAUCUUCCUCCCCUCACUUUAGGGAACAUUGAAGAGCGUGUCAUGUACGUCCUUAAACUGUAUGACAAGAUCAGUCCAGAGAAGCUGCAAACAUCGUCUCACUUCAUGAAAGAUCUGGGGCUGGACAGCUUGGACCAGGUGGAGAUUAUAAUGGCUAUGGAAGAUGAGUUUGGAUUUGAGAUACCAGACGCAGAGGCCGAGAAGCUUAUGACUCCUGCGGAGAUCGUACAGUACAUCGCCGAUAAAAAAGAUGUGUAUGAAUAGAAGCAAGUCAUAUGAUUUUUGUUUUGUUUUGUUUCAGGUACGGAUUGACUCUGUAUUAAUAUGAAUGUUUGGCUGCAUCCACACAGUGUCCAGUUUCUGUCAAAUCAUUUUCUUCUGUCUCUUGCUUGUGGAGUCAGCUACCUUGUCAUGUACUGUUGUAUUUAAUAAAAAUGGAACCAUAAACUCAUUGUAACUUGAGCUGCAAAUAAAGCCAAGACUAAAUUGUAAUUGUUGAAUUUGUCAUGCACCAAGUGAAGCCUCAUUAAUCCCUCUAGUGGAUGGGUAGUGUUACUGCAACAAAUUCAAGGUCCAAGCCACUUUAUAAAUGUCUGCAAGAGCUUAAAAGAUGCUGUGCAAAAUUUUCAUCAGAAUACUGCAUCCUUUCACCAGUUUAAAAUGCGUAAUAUUUUUUUGGUGCACAGAAAUUACACUGCAGCUUUAAAGGUGUAUUAUGUCAUUUGAUAUUUAAUUGGGCUUAAACUAUAUAAUGGCACCAUCAUGUGGGAUCUAGCAAAAGUUUAUCAUGACAUUAUGGAAAUGCCAUAUUUGCAAGUAUAUGUCACCCAUGAUUUACUCUGCAGUGACCAAAAAUGGCGGGAUUACUAAGCAAUUUCAGUAAUAUUGUUGAUGCAAAAAGGGUUUUUCCAAUAGUACCUGUUGUGAAAGUAUAUUAAAGAAAAGAAAACUGCACACAAUAUCACUGUUAGGCUUUAUUGCGGGUUGUACCCAAGUUAUACAGCUCUGUAUUCCAAUAUCAAGAUCAGGACUUUACAAACAGUUAUUAUCAGUCUACAAGUACAGCCAACAAAAGAACUAAAAACUACUCUAUUACCUUAACUACCUCGUUACAUAUGCACUUAAGGGUACUAAAAUUGAAAACCAAGCAACAAAGAGAAGACAAAAAAAAAUAAAAUGAGGAAAAACAACAUUACAGGAAACAUUCAUCACUACACAUUUGAAUGUCUACCAUGUAUUACUAGACUAAACCUUGUGUCAAUUGUUACCAAUACAAAUAAAGAUUGUCCUUCAAAAAGUGCAGUUCCCCAAGUUAAAAUUCUAAGAUGACCCCAGGAAGACGCUGAAAAGAACUUCCUGCUCAUUUAAGUUAUCUUAUUGAUGUUUAUUUCUAUUCAUUUUCAAACAGUCUACCAAAGCAGUGUGCAUAUAGGUUAGAUGUGACCAAAGACCACUAGAAGAAAUGUUGGAGUUGAGAAUUUGCUAUUCCACAGCCCGUUCUGUGAGGAGUGCUGUGAAGGAGGAAAUGUUAAUGCAACCCUCCAUUUGCUACAACUGGCCAAUUUUUCAUGACAGAGUUAAAGAAAAUGUAAAUCAUGGCACAUUACAGGAAUCGUAUGACCACUACCGCGGUCAGGAUUUUAGUAAGCAAAGACAUGGAAGCCUCACCCUACACUGCAUAGACUCUCUUAGAAUUUCCCCAAGGUGGAAGUUUCGAUUUAAACUCUCGUUCAUCUGUUUUCUUGUGCUGGUUUUACUAAAGCUUUUUGGGUUUAUAAUGACAUGACAGCAAUACUCACAGUUUAAGUCAACUGCCUUAGCACAUUGUUCAACAGUAGGAACCAUUUAAAAGACAUGGGUAUAUUUGCUCACAGGAUAAAUCAGAAAAGAAAUGACAUUUUCAGUACAAAAGUAGAAUGUCAGGCCAAGUCACUUUUUCGUUUCCUCUAUGUUCAACCUGGCGAUAAAAAUGGGGAUUGUACAUUGCUCAUGAAUAUCCUCAAAACAUCCAUUUUGCAAGUGACAUUUGAAGCGUAUACAUUGUCCAGCUUUUACAAAACAUAUCCCUUUCCUCCCCCAACUUGAUAAUUUGGCAUGACAGUGAAUUACCAAAACGUAACACCAAACAGCUGCACAUACAUAAAACAAAAUUAAGAGGAAAAGAGGGGAGGGGG